GCCAAUCAGCAGUUCCCCUACAAACGGCCUAGCCAAUCAUCAGUACCCUUACAAACAGCAUCCAUUCUAAUGACAUACAAGAUGAAACAGUUCAUGUAAGACAUCAGAUAGUCAAGGGAACCAACCAGGCUCAAGGAUUUGUUGACUAUUUGUUGUGAGUAGAGUUCACAGGAUGAAUAAAUCCAUGGACGGACUCAAGGGCUGCUUCAGCUGUAACUGUCGCCGGAAGUCUAUUUUUAGCAAGCUGAUGCCUGCCGCCUUCCAGGUGUUUGUCGUCAUCGGCGUCUGGCAACUGCUCAACAAAUCCACGGAGCCAGCAGACGGCACACUCCGGGUGACGCGGGAUUCGGACACACCCGCCAAAGACGGGGAGACAAGCUGCUCCCCCGGGGACUAUACGACAGGGGGUCGUCUUGACCUUGACACCAUAGUAUCGGAUGCGCAUGACCCGCUCCAGAACCCGGUGCUCACAGCGGAAGUGUUCGUCAGAAACCCGGAGCAGGGUUCGCUGGUCUUGUACCCUGUCGGUACCGCAGUCGCUUUCUCUGGGUUUAACCAAGGCAAGAAGAAGGCCGAGGAGAAUUUGGUUUUCUUUGAUUACGACGGGAAGGAUAAGGACCCGAGCAAGAAGGUCGAUGUCAAAAGUGUGGAGAUAUCCAAAGCCGCGCGCGACAUCGAGAUGGAAGUCUCCAAUGAAGAGGGCGCUAAGGUGGAUUACCCAGAGGGCGCUAAGAUCGCGGGGGAGGUCAAGGCCGACAUCGACGCCAUGCUGAACCAGGAGCAGAUGCUGCGGCUUGACCCCGAGGACCAGAAAGGUCAGCAGAAGAUUCUAGACCAAGACAAGACGGAGGUGCUGCUGGAGCCGACGCCAGGGGGCGCUGGGUACUUACCUGCGGCUCGGUUCGACUCUGAGAGAGUUGUGGGAGCUAAUCAAGCAGCUCCCAGGUUACAGAUAGGUCUAGCUCAGACUAAUCAACAGGGGGAGGGGCGGGCAAAUCAACAGCCGCCGGAGGAGGGGCGGGCGCUGAAUUUACAGAGCAAUCUCCACCCAGCGCUGGGGUCGCUGAAACUACAAGGACAAGGUCCGCAACCUGGUUACUUGCAUUUUCAAGGUCACCUAAAAAGUCAGAGCUCGUUGCUAGGCAACAAACAGCCCGCGUUAAACAGCGCCGUUGCGCGUCAGGAAAUAGACCAAGCGGACGGUCAGUUGAAGGAGACAGAGGGCAACGAACCUGUUGUCACUGAAGGAUUCAUUGACAGGGCGAAAAAAAUUAUAUCCGAGUACUACGGAAAAAUUCCGGAAAAAAUUGAGAAGAACCCGGAGCCGGAGUUCACGAUGAACAGUCCUGACGUCUGCAACGGACAGGCGAAGAUUGAUCUCCUGUACCUGGUCCACUCGCAGCCACAGAACCAGGAGCAGAGGCAGCGGGUCAGGAACUCGUUCGCCUCGUCCCAGGCCUUCAAGGACUUCGUCGUGCUGCACGUGUUCGUCGUCGGCAAGACGGCGUCGCUCGGGGCACAGAACGCGCUCAACCAGGAGCAGAAGGUCUUCGGUGAUGUCAUCCAGGGCGCCUUCCCCGACACGCCCCAGAACAACGCCCUCAAAGGCCUCACCGGACUCCGCUGGGUGACCCAGUUCUGUCCGAAUGUUGAAUACGUCAUGAAAACUGACGAGGAUGUGUUCGUAGACACAGACAAACUCCUACGCGGGCUUCUUCCUACCGCCGCCAACACCGUAGGAAAAAGAACUAUUUUAUGUCACUUCAACCCACAAGGCCCCGUACCUCGUUUUGGUCCCAACUCCUUCAGCAAGGAAAUGUUCCCCAACAAAACGAUUCUCAGACCGUACUGCAAGGGUUACGCAGUCAUCCUCACACGGAAACUGAUCGCGGCUAUUCUGCUAGCGUCUGAAGAAGUCCCCAUCAUCCCGAUCGAGGAUUUCUACCUGUUCGGGGUGCUGACGUUCGUGGCGGGGGAGGUGGAGGUGUACGACCUGGGCAACAAGCGGGCGUUCCACGACUUCGGGGUGGACGUGGUCAGCUGCUACACCAACCUGAAGCUGAAGUGCCAGUUUGUGGCGUCCAAGGCUUACGGCUCCCGCUUCACCAGCCUGUGGGAGCUGGUGGUGGCACGGCGUCAGGAGCCGGUGGACGGCUGGACGGGGAAAAAUUCCUUGUGGAAUAUACCCAGCUACAAGAGAAACUUCUAGAAAAUAGACCUUUUUUUAUUUAAAUAGUUAUACAGGCAAUAUGAUUUAGCUCAGGUUAAAUAACUUUAAAUUACGACGAAAUUUUAGGUAGUAAUUAAAAUACUAAUUUAUUUAAGUGCACAAUAGAAAGUCACUAAACCGUUAGGUUUUCAUCCAGAGUUUAUUCAACGUGUUAACGAAGCUAGGUGCGAAGAUGUUAGGGAUAAAUGUAUAACUAAAUUUGGUUUACAGAUGUGUAAAAUAUUUGUGAAUGUAUGCGGAGUAAUUUUUUUUAACUUGAACAUUAUUUGAACAUUAUUAUAAGUAUCUAUAUACGGUCAGUGGUAUGAAAGUACAGCGUAAAAUUAUCUGGAGUUUAUGCUUAGAAAAUACUGGUGUGGAAUCAAUUUUUUUUUCAACUAAAGGGAAACUACUAAGAUUUUUUUCGCCUAGAUUAACGUUUUUUUUUUAAAUUCUGAUAAACAGCGUAGACAUUUUUUUUAUUGAAACAUCUUGAUCGUCUGCUGUGAUGCUCAAGUAACGUGACAUUUAUACGUGACAGGCUGGUUAACGUGGCAUCGAUUGUUCAGCUUGAUGUUGGUUGUUUGACUAUUAUGGGGCGUUUUCUAAAUGUACAAAGUGGGUUUGACUGGGGACGUUUUAUAUUAGCUGAUGAUAGGCUUUAGUGGCAGCUGAUCGAAGGGGGAUAACUAUCAAUAAUUUGUCCUGUUAUCUCCCUUUUAAUGGGCUGAACGCUGUGAUCGAGUCGAUUCUGUGCAAUACUGUAAAUAAUCGAUUACCAAUGUAUUUGGUUAAAAGAUUGGUUUAAUCUAUGAACAACACAUAUGUUACUUGAUUCUUUUCGAGGUGUAAGUUUACUUUACAAAAUAAAAUGUCA